AGACAAAUGCUGCUUCCGGUUUACUUCCGUCUUCCGGUUUGAAACUGAAAGUAGAAAUGGCACAAAAUGUACAAGUGUGUGAAAUCAGUAAUGAUGUUACCACAAAGCUGAAAAAAUUUCGCUUCAGAAAAGAGAAAAAUAUUGCAGCAUUAUUGUUGAAAGUUGAUACAAGCUCGCAGACAGUAAUUGUGGAUGAAGAAUUUGAGGACACAAAUAUUGAAGACCUGCAAGGAGAAUUACCAGAACAUCAGCCAAGGUUUCUUGUUAUAAGUUACGUGAGAGACCAUGGUGAUGGUAGAAUAUCAUAUCCGCUAUGUUUUGUCUAUAUAUGUCCAGCUGGAUGUAAAACAGAGUUAGCUAUGAUGUAUGCAGGAACAAGAAACAUUUUACAGAAAGAACUUGGCAUAACAAAGGAUUUUGAGUUGAGGGAUACAGAAGACUUCACAGAGGAGUGGUUAAACGAUAAACUGAGCUUCUUCAGAUAGUGCAAUAUAUUUUAACUGCCCUCACAGGCAACUAAUAUUAGUAUCAUAUUUUAUGACUGUGUAGUUAUCCUUGGAUAAUACAGAGGUUGAAAUUCCAUAUUUGUGCGGAUAAGCAUGCAUGAGAGAUAACUUUAUUUCAGUAGGCGUCUGAGGUGUCACAAUUCAGAACAUGACAAACUCUUCACAAAUUAUAGGCUUCACAGAUCACAUGUUCAACCAUACAGGUAAAAGCAGAGUUACAGGGUUUAUUAUUUGUAGAGUUACCUGUAGUGAGUAAUGUGAUUAGAAUUAUCGGUCAAUUUUAGCAGACGCUUACUGUUAUGUGAAGGGACUUACUACACUUACGCACACAGAUGUGAAAUUGCAACCUCUGGAAAAGUCUCGGGGUAACGGACCCAUGAUGACAUUCGACAGUAUCUGUUUGAUUACGUUUUCUUCAAAUGCUGUUUCAGCAAUCUACAGCUGCAUGGUUGCUAAUGUGAACUUCAUUAGCAGGUGGAGAAUGCUGAAAAAGCAUUAGGAGAGUAUACGUAAUCGAACGAAAAUUGCCGAAUGUCAUUACGGGUCUAUUACCUUAAAUGUCCCUUUUUUAUUCAUUUUAGACAUAAUAAUGAGCCGCGCCAUGAGAAAACCAACAUACUGCGUUUGUGACCAGCAUCUGCGCAUUCUGGUCAGGAUCCAUACUGUUCGCUUAUGGUUUCUCUACUUGCAAUAGGCUUUGAAAGCGAACAGCAUGGAUCCUAACCAGGCUGGUCUGGAUCCAUGCUGGUCGCAAACGCAGUAUGUUGGUUUUCCUCGUGUCGCGGCUCAAUUAUAUAAAAUGUACACAUUUCCUUAACUUCAGCUGUUCUUUGGCUCAUCAUAUGUAAUCUUUAACUAUUACACCUUAAUGCCUUAUCAGGGAUGAUGUCGUUUCUGCAUAGACCUGUUGAAAUUAUGUCACCCAGCAUAUAUGAGAGAUAUAUCAAUUUUGUCAUGCCUGUCUGUCAAAACAAUUUGUCCAAACUACCUACUCUGAAAGAAAUGUUUACAUUUCUACCAAAUUUUUCAGUAUAGUUCAUACAGUAUCUAAGUUGUCACCACUUUCUGUAUGAAUGACUUUCCAUGGAGUUAUGGCAUUUUAAAGAUCAUUUUGCAAUUGCUUCUGUUGACACCAGUGAGAGCUGUAUACUACAUUUCAGCAUAUGUGAAUAAAAAAUAUAUAGGUCCAUUUAAUGUCAUUUGAAGGACAGUUUGGUUUCGGUUUAUUGAAUGAAGAAAGCUUGGGCCUACAGCCAUCAAACUUCAUUAAUCAUUGGCUCAUGUCAGUAGAUGACCCAUAUCUUAGAUAGGGUGAAAGCAGGUUAACAUCUCUCAAAAUUCAUUGGAUAAUUGGCUGAAGUCAGUAGUUAGCCCCUAUUGUUUAGGGGGUCAGCAACUCUAUGGUCAAGGUCAUAUUGUCCUCAAUACUGAAAACAGUUUCUGAUAAAAAAUUGGAGGCCACAUGGUCUUACGUUACAAGUUCACAGUGGCCUUGACACUUAAAUCUAUUUUUUGUAAUCAGUAAACUGAGAAUAUUUGGGCAUACAGUCUUCAUAUUACACAGAAUGAAUGCCUAUAGUCGAAAGCUGAUAAGUAAAACUUUUGUGUCAUCAGAUCAUAGGACAAGAUCACAGCUUUCUCCAGAUGGGAAAAACUCUUUUCCAUACAAAACAUUCCAUAGAGUAGGUACACAGCACCAGUACAUACUGACUAAAGGUUAUGGUUAGGUUUAACCUAGCUUCAAAAAUUUAAUUGUGUUAUACCUAACAGGGCCACAGUGACUUGGUAGCCUAUGGAAAAGAGUGGCACCCUCUCCAGGUAUACGUCUUAUUUCAUAUUCAUUGACCUUUACAUUUUAAUGAAGUGGUAUGUGGAGACAUAUGCAUUUACCAAAAGCCAUCUCUAGUUUGCAUUUAUAACGUGUUUUGUAAAGGCUUUCUAUGUUUUAGUUUCACAGUUUUCAUUUUACUUUAUUUCCAUAAAUACCUCGAUAGUUUUUGGCAUAAUUAUACAGUGAAACAUUCCUUGCUUGAACAUCUUGGACUAAUUACACCAAAUAGGAAGUGACUACUCGGUGUUACAUGUGUCAGAAGUAGUCUAAAAUGUAGUUCCAUGUUGUUGAUGAGAUCUGGUAUAAGGAGUCAUAUAAGGAUGUGACAGUUAUAUUUUUGGCCUAGUUGUAUUGCUUAUUGUAUUGAGAAAAGAUCUAGACCACUUUCAUUGUGAAUUUUCAGGUUUUAGUUUUAUUCAUUGAGAAAAUGUCUACAUAUGCAUAAUCGCUAAACAGCAAAUUUCAUGGGAGCAUUUUCAGAGGGUGAUGUUUUUCAGAACAGAUUAUUUUUCUUAAAUGUAGAAUAUCAUCUCAAUAUUUUUUCAUUUUUGGUAAGAAGACGUGUUAUACUAAAUGGCUAAUAUGGUUUUUAUAUCAUUGAAAUGCUCAAAAGCACUGAAAAUGAGGUCUCAAGAUUUAAUUGUUUAUAUGAAAUAAAGAAGGAACUGAAUUGGUGUAAUGUAACCUUUACAAAUAAAUGUGGUCCCUGGCCAUUUUCUUUAUGUUUGCUAUGUUUGAAUCGCUGAUAACCCUAGAUAACUAUACUUUUAUGCUUUUUCCCUUGCGACUACGAUUGAUCAGUGUUUUACUAUAUUCUGAAAUAACUUUUACUAGAUGUUUUGAUUAAAAUGUGUAUGGAAAAAUUUCUUAUUGGAGUCUAUUAUUUUUUGGCAUAAUGUAAUCAGAUGUCUACUUGCCAGAUAAUAUGCCAUGUUUUUGACUUUUGAAAUAAGUGUUUUACAAGUGAUUUAGCUUCGUGUAGGGAUGAAAAGAGACCAUAUAUACAAAUAACAAUAGAACAGUUUUACAUAAUGUAGACAAGUGGACAGGAUUGAAAGCUAGUUUAAGUUUAUUGAAAUUUUCUCUACAUUAUUUUUUCGCUCAAAUCUGGAUAAUUCGAGCACCAUCCAUUGCAUUAGCUCAUCGUCAGGACCCUGCAAAAUCCCUGUCUAAUGUUUGUUGCUUGAUGACUGGAACUGCAGAUAGCUCGACCAAAUUUGCCAAUCCAAUCAAGUACUUACGAAUGAAGUUUAAGUUUGACUGUAUAUGUACUAAGGUCCUUGUAAAAUGCUUAUAAGGUGCUUAUUAAAUGGAUGUUAACGAUGUUUUUUGAGGUCUAAAAGGUAUCUACCAAUAAGAUAUUUUGACUGUUAAUGCUUUCAUAAGGAUCUGCAGAAAAGUUCUUAAUGGGUAUUCAAGUGCAAAUUAUUAUUAAUUUUUUUUUUUAAACGUUGGUAUUGCAGAACUUUAUUCUGCCCUUAGAAAUGUAAUGCUAAUUAUUUGCAGACAUGCCUGUAAAACCAUUUUUAAUACCAAAGACAAAAAAUCACAAAUUGUUAUCUAUCAGGUUAAAAUCUUUUUUUUUUUAAUUUUGUUAUUUCAUUUUUUAUCAAUUUGUAUAGUGGAUUGAAUUUAUGCUUUCAGGCAGCACUGUGUUUAGUGGAAAUAUGUUAAAGAUUUUGCUUAUUCAUAUAGACGGCUAUUGUUACAGUUUAUGAAUGUUCAGUUGUUUUCAAAAUGACCUUUCCUGGCAAAGGUUACAUGCAAUGCCAUAUUGUUCCGCCUGCUUGGCUAGCUCAUUAGAGAGAGCGCAAAUCUAUGGAUGGCAGGGUAGUGAGUUAAAUUCCUGGAGGAGGUGUAUGUUCUCCAUGAUCAUUUGAUAAAAGACAUUGUGUCUGAAAUCAUUUGUCCUUCACCUCUGAUUUAUGUGGAGAAGUUGACAGUUACUUCCAGAGAACAGGUUAAUUACCUUCCCGCUGUUACAUAACUGAAAUACUGUUUGAAAAACAGUGCUAAACCCAAAAUAAACACCCGAAAAUAAAGCAGUGUUAAACCCAAAAUGAACACCCCCAAAUUUAAGGACUGAUUAUGAAAUUUAAAUUAAUCUCUGUCGGAAAGUUCUCUUACUGUUUUAUUCCCUUCUGUAACACAUUUAAUAGAUUGUAAUACCAUAAUACUUUAACACCCUAGACUUUCGCCAGUGUUCACAUGAAGACGUUUGUAGCCCUGUCUGAAAGGUUGUUUUGAAUCCAGUGAUGUGUGGAACAUGUUACUAAUUCAUUUAGCAAUCAUUUUAUAAUGUACACUAAAUGCACAAAUUGUAUUUUUGUAAUAAACGCUGUGUUUUGUUGGUGUUUAAGAAGAUUUUUCCAGUGAAAUAUUAAGAAAUUGGAGUGCUUUUUUUUCAAAGUAUGUAAUAGCCUUAAAUCUAUAUGCCUUACGUUUUUUCCUUAAUUUUAGGAUGAUUUAGGUAAGAUGUAGUUGGAAUAUAUGAGAAGCAUUUUUAAGAGAAGAAUGUCUCUGUGUUUUGUAUAUUUAUUGUCUUCUGAUGGGCCUAUCAGUGAUGAAAUGAAGGCUGGUUCAUUCUGCCGUGGUAACAAUAAGAUUUGUAAAAGUUAUGAAAAUGGUUCUGUAAACUUGUUCACUGUCUUAAGAAUUAUUUGAAUAGUUAAAGUCAGAGGUAACAUUUGACCUAGUUUCUAAGAAUCGGUCAAAUCAGUUACGUAGCACACCCACUUAAGCAUUUAUAUUGUAUGAACUGAAAAUGUCAUGUGACACUAGUCACCAGUGAGCCAAAUCUAAAAUUUAGUGUUUCAUUGAAAAAUGUAAAACUACUAGUAUACAUUUGAUCUUCUUUUGAUCACACUUAAAUGAAAUAUUGCCUGAGUGUAGUCAGAGCAUCCACAAAAGGCAAAACACUUUUUCUAAAGGAUAUUAUCAACAAAGUUUCAGCAGAUUUAGUAUUUUAGUGGUUGAAUGUUUUAGAUUAAAAUGUGGUGAUAAAAUAUUACUGUAUGAAUGAUGUAAAAAACAUUACAGAUUUGCAUAAUCUGUCCAUAUAUGGCCCAUUUUCUUGAAGGGACAUGCCUCCAGUUUUUUCAAUAUUCAGUAAUUGUAAAUAAAUCAAAAUUAAAGUUGUCAGUGAGUGCUAGUCGGUAUUUGUCUAAAAAAACAUGUGUGUAGUCUGUUAUGUAUUCUGUUAAGUUCUCAAAAGAAAAUAGCUCUUCUUUAUAUAAAACUGAUGAAAUAUAGAUUUAUAUUACAUAUUUUAUAAUAUAUGUAGGCAUUUGUUUUUGUAAUGAUAUUUUGUAGGUAUGCCCUUUUAAUAAGAAAACUGGCCUUUGAAAAUAUAUGUUAAUGUGAUACAUUAUUUCUUGUAAUGUUACAAAAAACAAAUACUUUGAUGUCUUUUAACUCUUACCCUGCUAAAUUUCUGUAAUGAAUUUGUCCUUACAGUUUGGACAGUACCAUUAACUGUUAAAAGGGAGGAUUACCAAAAAGAUACUGACUGAACGGUGAACAGUGCAGAUCAUGAUCAGACUGCACAGAUGUGCAGGCUGAUCAUGAUCUGCACUGGUUGCAAAGGCACAAUUAGUCGUGUCCAGCAUGAUAAUUUUUAAGGAUUAAUAGGUGAAUGUAUUUUCAAUUGUAGACAAGACUCUAAGAUUAUAAACGCAGCUUGCAGACUGGUCACAGAGUGCAAACGUUCCAUUGGUCAAUUUAGACCGGUCUCAGAGUGCAAAUAUUCCAUUGGUCAAUUUUAAGAAAGUGCACAGAUACAACCGAUUAGAUGCUCUAAUUGUGAGACUGGUUUACAAACUCAAGCUUAAAGCCACUCACGACUGCCCAUGGAUCUAUUUGCAUGUUCAUACAGCUAAAAUAUGUAUGUGUAAUAACCUGGAGGUUUUCGUGUAAAUAUGUUACAUAUAUGUUAAUUAUGCACACGUUUGGUUUUGAAUCAUGUGUUGAAUCUGUACUUUGUGUAGAUUCUGUUUUCCUAGUGUUUUAGUCAAUCUAUACUCUCGCUAUACCUCUACAGUUUGGGACCAUUCUUCAAAUAUUGCUUCAAAAGUGUUUUAUCUUACAAUUAUCAUAUUAUUUUCUGAUACGAAAAAUUGUUUACUUUCAGGAAAUAAAUUUCUGUUGAAUCUGAA